AUGGUGGAUGAGGCUCAUGAGAGAACUCUCUCAACAGAUAUUUUGUUUGGAUUAGUAAAGGAUAUUGCACUAUUUAGAUCUGACUUUAAACUGCUAAUCUCAAGUGCAACUCUUGAUGCUAAGAAAUUCAGUGAAUAUUUUGAUUUUGCCCCAAUUUUUCAUUUUCCAGGAAGGCGGUAUCCUGUCGAUGUAGUCUACACAAAAGAACCACAAGCUGAUUAUUUGGAUGCAGCCAUUGUUACUGCACUUCAAAUCCAUGUGACAGAAGCACCUGGAGAUAUACUGGUAUUCCUCACUGGUCAAGAAGAAAUUGAAAUGGCAGCAGAAGUAUUGAAACACAGGACAAGGGGCCUUGGAACAAAAAUUGGUGAGCUGGUUAUCUGUCCCAUAUAUGCAAACCUGCCUACUGAGCUGCAAGCAAAAGUUUUUGAGCCCACGCCUUUAGGGGCUAGGAAGGUUGUCCUAGCCACAAACAUUGCAGAGACCUCACUGACCAUAGAUGGGAUCAAAUAUGUCAUUGACCCUGGAUUUUGCAAGACAAAAUCUUAUAAUCCAAGGACUGGGAUGGAAUCAUUGCAGGUGACUCCCAUCUCCAAGGCAUCAGCAAGGCAAAGGGCAGGUCGAUCUGGCCGAACAGGCCCUGGUAAAUGCUUCAGGUUAUACACUGCUUUCAACCAUCAACAUGAUUUAAAUGAUAACACAAUACCUGAAAUACAACGGACGAACCUUGCAAAUGUCGUUCUAAUGCUGAAGAGCCUCGGUAUUCAUGACUUGUUACAUUUUGAUUUCAUGGAUUCUCCACCUACUGAAGCUUUAAUAAAUGCCCUGGAGUUGUUGUUUGCACUAGCUGCAUUGAACAAAUAUGGAGAGCUGACUAAAGUUGGUAGACGGAUGGCAGAGUUUCCUCUUGAUCCAAUGCUAUCUAAGAUGAUUGUUGCUUCCGACAAAUAUAAGUGCUCGGAUGAGGUUAUUUCCAUCGCUGCUAUGCUUUCUGUUGGUAAUUCAAUUUUUCACCGUCCAAAGGAAAAACAAGUCCACGCUGACAACGCGCAACUGAAUUUUCAAACUGGGAACGUGGGAGAUCACAUUGCCUUGCUUAAUAUUUACAACACAUGGAAAGAGGUAAAUUACUCAACACAAUGGUGCUACGAAAACUUUGUACAGGUAAGGAGCAUGAAAAGAGCAAGAGACAUCCGGGAUCAACUUGAGCGGCUCCUGGAGAGGGUUGAGAUUGAAAUAACCUCAAAUCCUGCUGAUUUAGUGUCGAUAAAGAAGGCCAUUGCCUCUGGCUUCUUCCCUCGUGUGGCAAGGUUGCUUAAAAAUGCAUGUUACAGAAGAAUAAAACAUCCACAGACUGCCUACUUACACCCCAGCUCAGGGCUAGCACAAGUGUCUCCAAAAUGCGUUUUAUACCACGAAAUGGUGCUCACAGCAAAAGAAUAUAUGAGGAAUGUAACGGAGAUAGAGCCGAAGUGGUUGGCAGAAAUAGCUCCACAUUAUUAA